GCUAUGAUUGGUUGGCGUCGGACCGGGUUUCCGGAGGGUGCCUAGUAGCAGGGUGGUGGCGGUCGCUGAAGAACACAAAAAUGGCAGGUCGCAGAGCUGCUCUGAAAGCGAUUGACUGGAUGGCAUUUGCAGAGAGAGUACCUCCCAAUCAGAAAGCUAUAUUUAAUGCCCUGAAAACACGCAGCGAUGCUCUUUCAGCCAAGUUGACCUCCUUGCCAGAGAAGCCCCCAGCUAUUGAUUGGGUUUAUUACAAGACUGGAGUUGCUAAGGCUGGCAUGGUGGAUGAGUUUGAAAAGAAGUACAAUGCACUAAAGGUUCCUGAGCCUGUGGACACACAAACAGACCAGAUAAAUGCCCAGGAGCAGGAAGCUGUAAGUAUUUAAAAACUCUUCCCUGCC